GAGCGUCCAGGCUUGGGCGGGGAACUGGUAGCAUCGCUCCUAGGAUGCAAGGGCCAUUUCUCUCCGGCCGGGGGUCAGAGCCUCGGAAAGCCGAGCCAUCCCAUCCAGCCGCUUGCCCCAAACCGGGCGCAGGCCGUGGUCAUUUCUCUAGGAAGCUACGAAGGUCCCGCCACUCCGUCCCUCAAAGGUGCGGAAAACCGGCUUCCCCCAGCCCUCGGGGAAGAUUCCUGACUCCCCCCCUUGGUCGGGGCAUCUGAGGACAGGAGCUGCGCCAGGCGUGCCGGAUAGUGGACAACACCCACACCGGACAGCCUGUACCCCACCCGGACCCAGACUCCGCGCCGCACAUUGCCCCGGGGGGGCCCGGCGCAGUCACGCGCGCGCAAGGCUCACGCUCUCCGCCCCGUACACCUGCGCUCCGCCCCCUGGUCCUGGGCCCGCGACGGGCGAAGGCAUUUGGGAAGCCAGGGCGGCUGCGGAGGCGCCCAUCUCCCUGAUCCAGGGCCGGAGUUGCUCGAAGCCUGCUGCCGCUCCCAGCCAGCCCGCAUCCUUCUCUGUCCUUCCCUCCCCCCGCCUGCCACGGCGCCGGUAUCCGCAGCCACAGCCCGGGGCCGGUGAGGCGGCGAAGGGGGAGGGGAGGAAUCAAGGGAUGAGCGCCGGGAGGGCGUCGGGGGCCCUGAGCCGCACUAGGACGCCCCUGGAGCCGGAACCCGAGCAGAAGCCGGAACCAGAACCAAAUCACCGCUGCAGCCCCCUAAACCCAGGAGGCGCCCUGGCCCGCGCUCGCCCCCCAGGGCCUCAUGUCGGAACCACAGCCUGACCUGGAACCGCCCCAACAUGGGCUGUACAUGCUCUUCCUGCUUGUGCUGGUCUUCUUCCUCAUGGGCCUGGUAGGCUUCAUGAUCUGCCACGUGCUCAAGAAGAAGGGCUACCGCUGCCGCACGUCGAGGGGCUCUGAGCCUGACGAUGCCCAGCUUCGGCCCCCUGAGGAUGAUGACAUGAAUGAGGACACAGUGGAGAGGAUUGUUCGCUGCAUCAUCCAAAAUGAAGCCAAUGCUGAGGCCUUGAAGGAGAUGCUGGGGGACAGUGAAGGAGAAGGGACAGUGCAGCUGUCCAGUGUGGAUGCCACCUCCAGCCUGCAGGACGGAGCCCCCUCCCAUCAUCACACAGUGCACCUGGGCUCUGCAGCCCCUUGCAUCCAUUGCAGCCGCAGCAAGAGGCCUCCGCUUGUCCGCCAGGGACGGUCCAAGGAAGGAAAAAGCCGCCCCCGGACAGGGGAGACCACUGUGUUCUCUGUGGGCAGGUUCCGGGUGACACACAUUGAGAAGCGCUAUGGACUGCAUGAACACCGUGAUGGCUCCCCCACGGACAGGAGCUGGGGCUCCAGUGGGGGACAGGACCCAGGGGGUGGUCAGGGGUCUGGAGGACAGCCCAAGGCAGGGAUGCCUGCCAUGGAGCGGCUGCCCCCCGAGAGGCCGCUGCCCCCCGAGAGGCCACAGCCCCAGGUCCUAGCCAGCCCCUCAGUGCAGAAUGGAAGACUCAGAGACAGUAGCCUAGCCCCUCGUGCACUUGAAGGGAACCCCAGAGCCUCUGCAGAGCCAACACUGAGGGCCGGAGGGAGGGGCACAAGCCCAGGGCUGCCUGAAGAGGAAAAUGGGCAGCCAAGCAAACCGGACACUUGCAAUCACCAGGUGUCUCUACCACGGGGAGCAGGGGGUAUGUGAGUCUCCUUCUUCACUGUGCUGAUGGACUACCAGCUGGCAGGGCCAGGGGGUGGGUGGGCGUGAAGGCCCUCCCCUCCACUGGACAGCACUGCCCUCCAGCUGAGGGAGCAGCUCUACUUCCACCUGGAGUUGCAUGGUCUCAGGCUGAGGGGCCUCAGGAGAGGUCAUGGCCCCUCAGUCUCUUCUCCUUCCCCUGCCUGCAACAGGCUGCCUGACCCGCCUUCCCCAACACCUCGCUCUAUAUGAUAGAGCGUGGCAGCUGGGAGUAGGCUCCUGCCCCUGGUGGGCCCCUAAAGCAAUAGCACCGUAGGCCCCUGCCCUCUUAGCACAAGAGGCCCAGGCCCUGGCCUGGCCUUCGUGCCCUUUAUUCACUGUCAAUAAAUCCGCUUAGACCAUUA